CGUUCUCGGGGCGUUUUUAGCGUGCAAUUUUAGAGACUAUCUACGCUCGUGUUUCACUGGCGAUCGGUUGCACGACGACGAAUAGUUUCGGUGCGAAUGAAUGCGGUCGCUCCGGGAAAAUACGCGCGAUAUCCGUAGCACUUGAUUCCGUGCGUGAGUUAGCGCGAAGGCGCUUGGAAUUGGACUUUAAACAACCAGCGGACCGGAUACAGCGGGAAUCAACGCGAAAUUAGCAUUAUGUCGCAACCGUGCAGACGGAGAAGGCAAGUUCAAUAGUAAGACGCGUGCCGGCAUAUUUCGCAACAACAACAAGAUGUCAAGCUCGGUGUUUAAAGUGUACGCGUCCUCGAGCCGGGACGGUUUUGACGAGGGUGGUGCGGCGGGCGAUCUGGCCGGUAGCGGGGAAACGGAUCUCAAGGAGCCAGUUCACGAGGACCUGAAGCUUGACUCCAAUCUAGUGAUACUGCUGAACAAGGAUGGCUCGGUUUCGGUUGACCAAAAUACGCUCCAAAGCUUGCUGGCCAACGAAACCACGGGCACCUCAGUCAGCCUUGUCCGAAUAUCAUCGCCGACGCCGAGCAUUGAGGAGGAAAUCGAGGAAGAACGGCGUCGAUUAAAGGACGAAAAGCAAAGGGAAGAUGCGGACGGAGCAAGUGGCGCAAGCUCGAACGAGGAUUCCAACGACGACAGCAAUUCCGUUGCCGGUACUAGCUCUGGCACGUCAAGCAUCGCAGCAGUUGGUGGGUCGAGCCGCCGGACGCGAACAAUGUCAAAGAAGGGAUCGGCCACUGGUACCACCGUACUGACCGAAGCUGAAGAGGAACCGCGUCACGUGAGCCUGACCGUCGAGGGUUUCUAUCCACCAUCGGAAGCACAGAAGUUUGCUGCCCAGGUACUGAGUCUGGCUGGGUAUGAACACCCGCUGCGGAAAGAAGUGGUCGACAUCGAGUACAUCCGCUACACGGUAUCGAACGAUCAUUGCUACACGACGCUCGCUACCACCUCCCACAAAGCUGUUGUACCGAAGGGGCAGACUGUCGAGGAUUUGGACUCUUCGGAGGAAUCAUCUUCUCAUUCGGUCAAGACAGCGAAAGCUGGCAAGAUUGCUGAUCAACAGAAGUCGUCAGUCACGGCCAGGAGCUUCAAUAAGGGUUCCGCACUGGCCACUGUCGGCUCAUCCAAGGGAGCGAAUUUGAAUCGCAGGAAAUCAACAUUCGGGCCGCAGAUCUCUGGUGGGUCCUCGAAUGCGAAGGAUCAGAAAAGGAAGAAAUCGAAAGCGGGCGAUCGGGAGAUUGACGAGCCACUGGAUGAGGACGAUGACGAUGAAGAGCUGGAGGAGGAAGAGGACGAUGAGUUUUACUCGGACUACGAGGAAGACGAGGAAUCCUCCUUCUCGGAGGAGGAUGAUGAGCUGGAUGUUGAUUUCAGUGUUAGCGGUCGAUCGUCUUCAGUCAAAAAGCGCAAACAGCAGGCCAAGGGAAGAAACAAACCCUCGCCUAAGGCACCAAGGCGUAGCAGCAUAACAGGUCCCCCCGCAUCUGCUUUAUCGAAGAAGGCUGAAAAGGAACACGAUGCAUCGCAAGCGAAAGAAUCGAAAGAAUCGUCUAAAUUGAAGAUGGUGAAAUCUGUCCGCAACACGAUGAACGAGAGUGUGACGAAAGUGUUUACCCCACAGACCGCCAAGCAACAGCAACAGCAGCAGCAACAGAUGCUAGCUAAGGUAAAGGCAGCCGCCCAAUCUCAUUCACAGUCGCAUCCCAGCAAGCGGAUUCCCACGAAAACGUACACCUUGACGACAACAUCGACACCUGGAGGACCGAUGACAAUUCUUUCACCAAUGACGGGUCCUCCGAUCAGCAGCAGUAAGCCCAUGGUGAAGGUUCCAUCAAAGGCGGAAGUUACACACAAUCAAUCGAAGCCAACGCCACCACCAACACCGGUACCGUCGCCAUCGCCGACCACCGUUACAGCGGUUACAUCGGUAACGCCGCAGAAGAAGGACAAGAAACCGAAAUCGGCCGCUCUGGAUGCGGCCAUGGUUAGUGACAUAUCGGCUCUGUUCUCAACGCCCGAUAUCAUCAAAAAAGUGAAUACAGGCAAGAAUCAACAGGGACCAUCACCAACAACCAGCGCGGUACCGAUAGUUAAGGCCACGACAUCCGAGCCAACGGUUGUUGCAGCAUCCGCACCGAAAGUGGUUGUAAUUGAACAACCGAAGCCGACGCUACCGUCGAUUCCUGUACUGACGGAAUCGAUUCCGACCUCGUCACCGACACCGACGCCAGCACCGACUUCAGCUGCAGCUCCAACUACUAAUCCAGUACUUGCGGAACAACGUUUGGAUUUGAUUCAUGCGAUUGUGCAGGAGGAUCUAAGGCAACCACCGAUCGCGACCACUCCAGCAGUGACAGCAGCAGCACCGAUCAUCAUGCAACAACCGGCAGAGAUCCCCAACAUUGUAAAAAUGUUAGAAACGACGGCCAAUAUGGUCGAUGCGGGCUACGACCCUAUGGCUCAACAAUGGUUAAUGGCACCGGUAGGGGUGAAACCGAUGGAGGAACCUGUCGGUGGACUGCUGCCGGAUAAUAAUGCCAUCCUGGAGGCACUCAACAGUGGAGUAGACGCACUGCCAGAAGAUUUACUUGAGCACGUGGCCGAACUGGCGAAGAACAAGGAACUGCAGGAAAUUCUUGACAAACAGGUGCUUGGCGUGAUUGGUCCCAGUGCCCUCGAUCCUCACUCGACUCUUUCGCUGCCACAGCAACACCCACAGCAGCAGCAGCAGCAACUUGUGCUGAAUCAAGCAGACAGUGCAGUACCUACAACCAUUUCGGAGUAUCUUCCAAACCUGACGGUUCGUGAGCAGCAAACACCACGCAAGGAAGCAAUACAGAUACGGCGUAGCGACGGGCGUGUGAUUACACUGCCACCUAUCGAAGCACCCGCGACACGUGCUUCCAAGCGACGUGCCCAAGGGACACCAGUAACGCCCAGCUCGCAGCUCACGGCCAUUUCCGAAGAUGACCUUUCGACACCGAAGGGUGUCCGUGUGCAGCAGAAAGCUUUGGGAAGCACGGUUCCCUCCUUAUCUCAGCCAGCAACUCCUGGAUCCGGUGCAGUAGAUGAGAGCACUGGGACUCUCAUCGUCGAUGACAGUGCCGCCACGGCGAAGGGCACUAAACGCGGGAAUAAAACGGCCGGACCGGAAGGUAAUCGCACGAAGCGGUUAGCAACGUCGACGACAGUGGCCGAUUCCGCUGCUGCACAGGAUGAUGAUCUGGAUUCUGAUGAAAGCUGGAAUUCCGAAGAUGAUCCCGAUCGCUUGUGGUGCAUUUGCAGACAACCGCACAACAAUCGGUUCAUGAUCUGUUGCGACUCGUGUGAGGAUUGGUUCCAUGGAAAAUGCGUGAACAUUACGAAGGCUAUGGGCCAGCAGAUGGAGCAUGAUGGUAUCGAGUGGACGUGUCCUAAUUGUCUCAAGAAAAAGGCCGACCGGCAAGUGAGUGACCGAUGCGAUGCGGUGCAACCGAAAAUGACGGAGUUUUUAAUAUCCGCUGGAUCAAACCUUUCGGCACAAACAUCCACUACCAACACGAUUGUCAUCCAAGAACCCGGAACGCCAGCAGUGUCAGAAGAAAUGACUCCGAAUGCUUGUAUCGUUUGCAGUAAACCGGCGAAACCGAACUCAAUCUACUGCAGUGACGAUUGUAUUCGCAAGCAUGCUGGAUCUGUGCCGAUGGUGAAGAUGACAGAUAAGGCAAAAGAUCGUCGUCCUUCUGUUGCGCCAUCGACAUCCGUCACACCAACUGAACUGAUUCCCACCAGUCCAAAUCCGUCGGCUGAAACGAUUAUCGUCAUGGAGCGAACGACUGGUCGUUGUUUAGCUGGCAAGUUUGGUCCAACGGCAGAAAAUAUCAAACAGUGGCUGCUAGAGCAUCCAACGUACGAAGUAGUACCACCUGGUUCACCGCAGGCCGCCAUCAUACUCAAAAAACAGGCUGCAGCUCGUCGUGUGCAGGUGGCCAGUGAAACAUCGGCAAAGAAGUCGACCGUUGGCUCACCAACUGCACCGUCCGGCAGCGGCAGCAGCCAAUCGCCGAAGGUGCAAACUCAACUGAAAGUGAAUGAUCAAAAAAAGAUGGUGAUCGUCAGUUCGGCGACAACGGGAUCGACAUCAUCUCCUAAAACUCCCGGAGCAACCGGUAAAGCUACAGCGAACGCUGGUGCACCAUCUGCAAGCAAGCCAACGUUGGUUCAGAAAACGAUCACAGGGACAAGUAGAGGGGCCGCCACUUCUCCUAUUACCACCGGAUCGAUACAGCGCGCCAGUGCUGGAGCAAGUGGACAAUCCAAGGCAAGUGGAUCACCGGCUGGUGGUAGUCCAGCGACGUCUUCCGCAUUCCCUUCGCUUGCUAGCAAACCACCGAAGAAACCAACCACAUCUUCAUCGGCAAACUCUUCGCUUUCCGGAGAGCAUGGUGCGCCUGGUAACAAACAGCAAACCACACCGACUGGCAAAUCUGCGACCACUACUGGUGGUGAGAACAUCCGUGUGACCGUUAAAAAGACGCUAAAGGAACAUCUUAUGCAACGUACGGCCGAGCUGAAAGAGGACAGCACGAUACCGCGCCUAAACGAGGAAGAGAUCGAUCGGUUUGUAAAGGAAACCGAGGGUGAGCUGUUUGCGCUCUUCAACAAGGACACGGGAAUGAAGUAUCGGGCCAAGUAUCGCUCGCUUGUGUUCAACAUAAAGGAUCGCAAGAAUCUGUCGCUGUUCCAAAAGAUUUGCGAGAAGAUAAUAGAACCAAAGCAACUGGUACGCAUGACAGCGGACGAGUUGGCGAGCCAGGAAUUGGCCCAGUGGCGCGAGAAUGAAACCAAGCAUCAGCUAGAGAUGAUUAAAAAGACGGAACUGGAAUCGCUAGCGUGCGCGAAGAACUACGUCGUGAAGACGCACAAAGGCGAAGAGUUGAUCGAAGGCAAGGGGGAGGAUCGGGUUCAGUUAGAUCCAUCCGUUCCGGUCGAUGAUGUCGUUUCGCUGUUGAACAAUUCGGCCGUCAGCAGUACGAGCGAGCUGGAUGAAUCGUUCGUGAGCUCCGGUGGGAAGGACACUAGCUCCUACCGGACGAAGGAUUACGAUUUCGGAGGAUAUGGGAAGCACUAUAACACGGCACUGUACGGCAGUGCCAGCAGUGCCACGAGCUCGUUAAUCAGUAGCAGCAAUACGCUGCUAGCCGGGAAACCCGAGGCUGGUGGUGGUGCUUCCUCUUCCUCGUCGUCAUCCACUCUGCGCAAGAAAGAUUCACGUCGCAGCAGCCGAAGCCGUAGCAGAAGCCGUGGUCGCAAGCGUGACCGUGAUCGGUCGCGUGAUAGAAGCCGCUCCAAGCACAAGCGUAAGCGAAGUCGCGAGAGAAGCCACGAUCGCGAUCGUGAGAAGGAACGGGACCGCGAUCGUGAUCGAGACAAAGAACGAGAUCGUGAUCGGCAUCAUCGUGGGCGCGAUCGUAGCCGUGAUCGAUCAAAGCACGAGCGGAAGAGCUCACGUGAGAAGGAUGCAACGAAAACUGGUAGCUCAUCCGAGAAGCGUCGAGCUUCCGUUGCUUCCGCCGCUGGACGAGAGCCCGAUAUUUCGGAUUCAUCGUCCAGAGCGAAGCUGGAUCAGGAUGCGAGCAAGGACAAUACUCACACCUCGAAAACGGUCAGCAGCGCCGGAAAGAAGGGCUCGGCCGACGAGACUGCAACCAGCAAGGUGGGCGAUGCAGCUUCAAGGACAUCGAUCACUGAGAAUGCUGGUGAUCCGUCGGUGGUUAAUCCUGAUGAAGCAACCAAGGGGUCGCCAACCGAUGUGGUUAAGGAAUCGAAGCCUGAACAAGACCAGGAACCGACGAGUACGGUCACUAUUCCAACACCACCCCAUCAGCCUCCCUACGAAGGGGAAUCGCCAGAUGAUGCGGCACCUAAUCAGCCGUCGGAGGAAGCGGUUGACGAAACGACUCGCGAAGCAGAACGCACCUACUGGACGGGCAGCGUACACAUGGUCGAUGUGGCCAGUGUGGUAAUGUCGAUCCGUGCGGUGAGCGGCGAUAUACAGGAUGUGGCGAAGGACUUUAGCGCCGAUCUGGAUAUUUGUGGUACGAUCAAGCCCGAGCUCGUCUGGGAUUACAUAGCACAGAUUCGUAAGAGCACGAACAAGGAGAUUUGUCUGGUGCGGUUCCACUCGCGAGAAACCAGCGCGUAUUACACGCUGUACAAUCAUCUGUUCACGCGCAAGCGAUACAGCGUUGUGAAAGCUCCUUCUGCCGCAAUCAAAGAUUUCUACAUUUUCCCGUUGCCGGCGGAACAGAUGGUACCGAUGAUCCUGAAACCGCUCGGUGGAGUUGGAAUCAUCGAAGGCGAUCAGAAGCCCAAUCUGUUGCUGGGUGUUUUGGUGAAGAUCAAGGGUAAACGACCGGCAAUACCACCGGUUUCAGCGUCGCAGGUCAAGGUUGCUCGGCGUCAGUCCAAGGGAUCGAUCGGUACCACCUCAGCCGGUGGGAAUCCAUCGUCCAGUGGUACAACCACGGGCGUUGCAUCGAGCACUGCAUCAUUGAUGCAGCAGGUCAUUACGAAGUACGCAACGAAGCAGCCACCAUCGAACAGUGCGCCUCCUAUUGUUGAUAACGAUGCUGCUACCACCAGCAAUACUUCAUCCGCUGUUGCUUCGCAUAAACAAGCGGACCUUUUGGCGUCUACUGCUACUGCUGCUGGUGGCACAGGUGAUGAAGAAGACACCACUAAAAAGAGAGAAGACGAAAAGCAGGAGGUAGAUAUGGACGUUGACAUGGAUAUCAUCAAAGCACCGAUUGUAGGGAAAGGGUCAUCUGCGACGGCCCAUCUCGAAGGCAACAGUAACAGCAGUGUGGGUAGUGCAACGGGUCGUGCCGGUACCGCUGAGCCCAUGGUGAUCGACGAAGACGACGAUGAUGCACCGUACUCGCCCGGUGGUGCAAGCGAUGACAGUAACUUUGCGGACGUGACGGCUAUUGUGGAAACUUCCAAGCAGGAAAGCCAAAGCGAUGUCGAGCGUAUCAAGCGAGAGAUGGACGAGCUGAACCGAAAAAUUGCAAUGCAAAAGAACGAAAUCGUUGGUCUGAUGACCAUGAAUGAGCUGAGUGAGGGCGAGAUCAAUUCUACCCUGCCGCCCUCGCUGAUCAACGAUAUUCCCAUUCCGGCCAAUCUGUCACAGAUUCUGGCAAGCAUUAAGGGAGGUGCCGGUGGUGGUGCCACUGGAGACGAUGAGAAUCCCUCCACUUCAUCAUCGAGUGUUGGAUUUGGAUCCAUGAAGGCAUCUUCUAUUCCCUUGGCGGUUGCUGCGACGACCACCGGCGAUGAUGAUGAAGAGUACAAUCCGAGCGCACCGUCACUCUUCGCUGGUUAUCAAUCGAGCUACGUACCCCAAACCGUCAACAGUCUGGGAGAUAUCGAUGAGCGAAUUCUACCGCCAACGAUCUUACCUGCGGCUUCAAUGACGGCAGCUGUGGCGACUCCCUUUGAAUUGAUUCCACCAGUCGCUACACAGGUCGGGGUUGACGAACCAGUGGCGACAGGGUCGUUGACGACAGCUGGCAGCAGUGCUACCGGCGAGAGUCGCUUAGCGAAACUUUCCGACGAAGAACUGCUUCGUCUAGUACCGGAUGAUGCGAUGAUUGUCGAUUCAUCUUUGAAUGAUUCGUAAACCACGGUGUGCAUUUUCAUGAAGCAGAUUUUUCGCGUGCAAAUCACUCUAGCUAGUGGCGCACCCAUCCGGUUCAGUCAUUCACUGGCUAGCCAGAUGGUGAGGUCAACAUUUCGUGUACCAUGUACGCCUCUGAUCCCAUUGCUGAUGGUUCAAACCCAAACUGACUCUAAUCCAUUAGCCAUCUUGCUAGACAACACAAUGGGCCAAAAACGCAAUCGUGUAUGGGCCUAAGGAGUAGUCUAUUUCUAUACGUCUGCAUGUGAUUCGGUUCCAAUUGAUCCCCGACGCCAUCGAGCCAUUUUGAAUCUGUUUUUGGAACUCGCUCUCUUCAAUUGCGUAGCGAUUAAGGCGUAAUGGCCACAACGAUGCGUUCCUUGAGAUCAGUGUCCAAUUGCUGUACAACUUGUAUUAAACACACCCCUAUCCCUAUUGCGUUUGCUAGAAUAAUGUACUAGUAUUAGGUAUAAAGUCGUAGAGAAACACUUUUCAUCGAAGGAUAGUGCAUCCUUAACAGCUCUCAUGUGUCUCGAAACAGACCAAAAGGAAAGCGUGGCUUGUAGAAUGCCAGGUCAGCAAUGGCAAAUUGUGUAGAAUUACUGUUAGCAUCUUAAGUCUUACAGUUACUGAGAGCGAGAGGAAGAAUGCGUCAGGCGCUUUGGAAAGCUUGCUCCCGUCGCUUGUGCGAUAGUAGCUGCUAUAACGAGGCUCAGUGCAAUUUCUCCCCAGCUGUUUCACCGACGGCCUACGGCAUGAAGUGGUAGGCUAUCGAUUGUAGCGCAUCGUAACACAUUAAGGCCACUGAGUGGUGGAUCAGCUCGAAGCAUAUGUCAGCGACCUGCAACCUAUACCGCGUGACAAAACGAUAACGAAUGGAAUGCAAAAUGCUAGUAAUAACUUCAAAUUGUUUAGGCGUUCACAUCCCUUUUCCCGCAUAGUUGGUCUUAUCGGGGAUCGGCAAACGAGACCUUUUAUCGCUAGGUAACAAUACUAAGAAUACGUAUCCGAUAAGGUGUGCGUAAUACUAGAUCCAUAAUCUAGUUUAUUACUAAAUAAUAUUUUAAAGAAUAUACUGCAUUUAAGGCUCAUCAUAACUAGAUGCACUACGCUAGCGAGGCAAACGAUGUAACAUAGAUUGUAGGCUUAGGUACAGAUGAGAUACGGUGAGGUUUGAGUGUAGUAACACAGUGGACCGUGCUGGUCCCGUGGCCGGGAAGUGUGGUGGUGUUAGGACGGUUAGUAAGAUCAAGGCAGUGACACAUUAUUAUUAAAUACAUAUAUAUGAUAAAAAUAAAGCUAAUUUUUG